GAGAGAUGGAGGAGCUGGAGGCUCUGUGGCUGACGGGGAUCUGCCACAACGAGAAGAACGAGGUGAUGAGCAGCCAGCUGGACGUGGACAACAUGGCAGGUGUCUUCUACAUGCUGGGGGCGGCCAUGGCUCUGUCGCUCAUCACCUUCAUUGCCGAGCACGCCUUCUACUGGCAACUGCGCUUCUGCUUCAUGGGCUACUGCACCGGCAAGCCAGGCUUUACCUUCUCCAUCAGCAGGGGCAUCUGGAGUUGUAUCCACGGGGUCCAGAUCGAGGAGAACAAGUCGGCCAUGGACUCUCCAUCGGCCACCAUGAACAUGAACAUGAACAACACCCACUCCAACAUCCUGCGACUGCUCCGCACAGCCAAGGACAUGACCGCCAUCCCGGGGGUCAACGGCUCGCCGCACACGCAUGGCGCCCUGGACUACGGUGGCCACCACCGUGGCGAGUCGCCCAGUAUCUACGACGUCUCCGAGCACCGGCGCAGCUUGCAAGAGCGCAAGGCCCUGCCGCCGCCCUACCUGCCAGAGGACAACAUGUUCAGCGACUACAUCAGCGAGGUGGAGAGGACUUUUGGCAACUUGCCCCUGAAGGACAACAACCUGUACCAGGACCAUUACCUGCACCACCACUCAGGUCCGGGACCUGGGCUGGCUCUGGGUAUGUCCGGCCCCCCGCCUAACAGGCCGAGUAGCUUAGGCAGUACCAGUUCAUUGGAGGGAGGGAUGUUUGAUUGUGACAGUUUAGGGGGAGGGGUAGCGCCCAUAUUCACCACACAGCCCCGCGUUGCCUCCCUGACUCACAGGAACACCAAUAAGUUUGACCUGAUCGCCGGCCACGCCUCGGCCUCAGGCUCCGGUCAGCAGGUGGGUCAGUUCAAGUCGAACGACCUCUACGGGAGGUUCUCUUUCAAAGGCGGGGCGUCCAGUUCUGGGUUUAUCGACAGGGGUGGUCACGACAGAUACUGCAUGGGUGGAGGAGGAGGGGGUGGCGGGGGCUCGGGGGGCGAUGAUGUGUCGGAUAUCUCCUCACACACCAUCACAUACGGCAAUCUGGAGGGAAACGCCAAGAGGCGUAAACAGUACAGGGACAGCUUAAAGAGGCCCGCCUCAGCCAAAUCCAGACGGGAGCAGGACGAGAUUGAUUACCGGAGGCGAGCCCACCACCACCACACCGUCCACCACCACUUCUCCCGCGGGCCCCUGGGACACCGCUCGGCCUCCCCACCCCUGGUCCCCUCUGAGAGGAAGAGAGGAGGAGGUGGAGGAGGGGGUAACUCUUCACCUUACUUAUUCCGCGACAAAGAAAAUCUGAGGGAGUUCUAUGCGGAGCAGGUCCAUUCCAAGGAGGGCUCUGCCAAGUGGGAGCAUGUGGAUGUGGCCGACGGGCCUUGUCCGAUGGGCGGUAGGGGAGGAGGAGUCGCUGGCGGUAGUAGUGGUAGUGGCAUUUGUAAGAGCCUAGUGCCUGUGGAGGAUUUCCUGAAAGGUCAAACCCAAAAGUCAGAGGGUAAAAGUGGCGUAGUCGGAGGAAUGGGCUUGGGGUCGUCAGGGCAACAGGCCCACACGUGUUGGGAGAAGAACAUGUCUGAAGUGGGGGGUGGAGGCAUAGCAGGGGGUGACUGGGAGUGUCGGAAUCACAGUGGUGGUGGUGGUGGCGGGGGAGGAGGAGGAGGAGGGAAGUCCAUCUCUCACCAUGGGGGAGGGGGCACCUGUACGCAUGGGAGCGCUAGUGGCGGAGGGGGGGGCACUAGUGGCGGAGGGGGAAAUAGUCGUCCAAGCUCUGCAACUUGCAAACGGUGCGAGUCGUGUAAGAAACCAGGCAACCUGUAUGACAUCAGUGAAGAUAACCUCAUAUUUAGCCAGAUGGGGGGUGGAGGGGGGAAGAGUGGUGAUGCGGGGGGUGCUGGCCAAUCACAAAGUCAUGCACAGCGCAGGAAGCUAGGGCCAGGUGGGCGGGUGUUACGGAGACAACACUCCUACGACACGUUUGUGGAUUUGCAGAAGGGUGGGGGUGGCGGACGCAUGGGCGGGGGUGGAGGAGGUGGAGGAGGAGGGGGAAGGGGGCAGCUCCUCCCACCCAGAAGUGUGAGCUUGAAAGACAAAGACCGCUACAUGGAGGGAGUUAGCCCAUAUGCCCAAAUGUUUGCCCAGUACGCGGAGAGGGACAGAGAUAGUCCCUCCUUUUUCAGCCGGGGUGGUAGUGAGCGGGAGAGGGCGAAAGGAGGCUCCUCCUUCAAUUUGUUCCGAGGCGAACGAGGAGAAGGUGGGUUGCACCGUCGGUCGGUGGGGGAGAAAGACAUGAGGGACAGGGAUAGAAGAAUGAUGGGAGGUGGAGGUGGUGGGGGCGGUAGUGGCAAAGGGGCCGGGACUUACUCCUUGUCUAAAUCUCUCUACCCAGAUAAGGUGACCCAGAACCCCUUCAUCCCAACCUUCGGCGACGACCAGUGUCUAUUACAUGGCGGCAAACCGUACUACGUCAAAAUGUCUCCACAGCAACAGCAACAACCGCCACAGCAUCUCCUCAACAACAGCCGCGGGGACUUCCGAGGCUCCAUGGGGGUGCCUUCAUAUUUUCCGGCGUCAGCCACGACGGGGGUCAUGUCCAACGUGACCCCCAGGUUCCCCAAUGAUCUGUGUCUCGGGGGAGGGAUGGGGGGGCCCAUGGGGAACCACCAUGGCCCCAGACUGGGAGGCAACAAGCUACUGCCGGUCAGGGACGGGGGGUUAGGGUUGGUGGGGCAGGGCGGCCAGACACCCUUCAACGGCUCGAGCAACGGCCACGUUUACGAGAAGCUCUCCAGCAUCGAGUCUGACGUCUGAAAGAAAGAGAUGGAGCUGGAGAACAGGAUAAUUACUUCUCCGUCCGAGGAGAACGAAUAGACGCUACAUUGUGUACAUUGUUCUCAUAUUUCUAACUGAGGAAGGUUAGUUGGACAAUGGACACUGCAGACAGAGUGAAGGAGAGUGAAGGAACUGUCAAGUGUAACAGAAAGCGACACGACUUCUAAUGAGGAAAUGAGCGGAUUCUGCUGCUUGACUCUGAGACUGUGAGGGAGGAGGAGAGAAAUCUCUCCUCCGUUUCUCCUCUCCUUCUUCACUCCCUCUUUUAUCUUUCCCUCUCUUCCGCUCGCCUGCUGUUCCUUACACCAAAACUAACGUUUUGCUUAGCUAUCAGAAAUACAAUCAAAUGAAUGAAAAAUCUAAUACUUUUCUUGAAGUAACAGGGUAAACUAACAAUAAUUGUAUUGAUAAUGUUGUUAAUGAUAUUAUUGAAUAUAAUUAAAUGGUUUAACAUUUGGGCUCAUUUUCUUUUUUUUUUUAUAGUUCAUGUUGUUAUAUAUUUGUAUUGUUGUUAAUUAUUUGCUAGGCCACCAUAUUACAGGAGACUAAAUAGACUAUUUGUUAGGAAGAAAUGUUACUUAAGUACCAAUACUUUUAGGUUGUGUAAUUCAGAUUUCUUCUUAAUUCUUGAUUAUCCAUAUUUUCUGUUUUUGGAGUGAGCUGUGAAAAAGUAUACUGUAUGUGAAAGACAUGAUUUGCUGAGUACAUUUUCCAUAUACUUGACAUCUUAUAGUGAAGGAGAAAGUACUUAUGUGGCAUCAUACUGGUUUGCCGUUUAGAUUUCUUGUUUUGCCUGGCAGUACGUCGGGAGUAGUGGUGAUCUCAGAUACCGAGCGGGAUGUGCCUUACUGAAUCCACUACAAUCACAAAGAUAUGAAGACUCCUCCUCCUAUCGGUAGAAAGGGUGUUCAUUCUGUAGACAAUUCAAUUAUUAACUAGUAAUUCAUAAAGUGGUUGUCAUGUUCUCUGAGAAUCCACUUAGCUGAGAUUUUGCUUUAAACGAGAUCCACCCACCUGAAAGGAGAGAUAGUUGCAUCAUGGAAGAUUUCGUUUUCUGCUCGUUUCACUCGGGUGCUAGUCAAGAGGCUCUUAUCUCACCCUUUAGCUUUCCAUAAAUCAUUUGAUUUAACUUUUAAAUACAACAUAUCACAAGUCCCCCUUAUAUACCUAAAAUGUAAACUAUCAAUUAUACUUGUUAUCAUUUUCAUAUUGUUUUUUUUUUUUACUUUUAACUUGGCAUAAAUGCAGUAUUUGCUAAACAUAUGUUUUUCCCCUUGUAUUCCUAUAUGUUGCUGGGAAGUGAUUGAAUGGAGUUAGUUUCAAUUGGACUUGACAGUUUUCUACUUUUAAAAUCUGGUCUUGAUGGUAUGUUGGAACAUGGUCUGGGAAUGGAGAGAUGGACAGCAGGACGUGUUAGUUAUUUCAUUUUGUAUCAUGGCAGUAAGCUGUUUGCUGUUGUAUUAGCGAGACACAUUUAUUAGAAGGGGGAUGAGUGGGGAGUAGUGUGCUGUGAACACAGGGAGGAAAGAACGUUUCAGUUGGUUUAUUAAUUUCCUUUCACCCAAUCACUGUACUGUUACUGUACUGUAUACUGUAUGUCUCUCCUUAAUUCACGUCAAGGACUUGAUCAAACCACUAAUCAUGUUUGACUUACUUAGAAUGUGUUAUCAUUUCUGAGAUAAUUCAGAUAUCACUAAAGGUGGUCACUUGAUAUGGGGAUUGGGGCAAAUAAUCACUAUUUCACCAGUUGUUAGCUUUUUUCUUUCCUUGUGAAUACCAAACAAAUCAAUCACUUUAUACAGGCCACACAAGACAGCCUGGAUGUAACAUUCAGUAAAUCUCAGUAAACUUUCAACAUUUUUCCAAAGAUGAUUAUGGAAUGUUUUGGCAACUUCCAUCAAUGUCUUGAUACAUAAGAAGGAUAAAAGGACAAUAACAUUUGUAAAGCUUGAGUACUUGACCAGGGCAUGAUUACCAUUAGCCUAUUAUUAGCAAUAAUUCUUCAUCUCUGCAUUUAAAAUAAAACCUUAUUUGAAUAAUUCUGUAUAUUUCAACCAGAACAAUCACUUUUCAUCUAUCAGGGCAAAUCUCUUAUGAAUUUAGAAAUGUGAUUGAAGGCACUAGACAGUAUUUUCCUUUUGGAAAAAAGGUCCUCACAACUGUCCUGGAAGGUACUUGGUGGAAGGUGGAGAAAAGCUAACCGAUGCCAUGAUUAAAAUGAAGAAAAAAAACAUUGACUCUCCACAUAGUGUGGAAAGUAACGUUUUCCCCCCUAUUCUAUAAGCAUUGAGUCCAGUGGUUUGUUUAUCAUGCCUUUGCCAAUGUCUCUGGGUCGCUUCCAUCAGUGACAACCUCAUGUCCAUGGAAGAUGACCUCAAAGCCACAACGUAUCACAGACAGAUAUCCAGGUCCACGCUGUAUUUGUGUUCACCUCCAUGUAAUUGUUGUAAUAUACAAUUUAGGACCCCCCCAUAUCUUCAUUUGAUUUAUUCUAUUUAUUAAUUACUUUAAGUUGUAGCUGUCUAAAAUAUUACAUUGCUAAGUGAUUUGUCAUUUUGCCAAACCAAAUUGUACGAUCUAAGCACAAUCAGUGUUAUUGAUUAGUUGAUCAAUACUUGUACAUCCCUAUUGACACUUGGAAAGAUUUUUCCUUCUUUCAUGACUGACAAGUCAGUGUGUAUGAUAUUGAGUCAGUGUAUAAGGACAUGUGUCCGUAAGGACAUGCAUGCAUCAGUGGAAUUGUUAUAUUUUCCCUUUUUUACUUAGACUCUAUUUUAUCCCAAAAGUGGGUGUUUGGGAAUGAUAUCUGGACUUUUUAAUCGAUUUAAUUUAUUCUGAUCCUUGUUGGUGUGUGUUUGUCUCUGUAAAAGAGAAAAUAGAAUUUUGCUCUCAAAAUUGUCGUUAUUUUAAAAUAUUUCAAAUUCAGUCAACAGAAUUGUCAAUAGGAAUAAUUGCUACGACAAAAUAGUUUCAACAGAUUUAUUAUGGGAACCAGGUGAAGUUUAAGAAGAGAAGUUCAGGCUUCUCUGCUCCUCUUGACAUUUGGUUGUAAAUGCAUGUGAAUGAGGUGAAGGUAUUGGUAUUAUUAAAUGCCUGUGAAUGAGGUGAAGGUAUUGGUAUUAUUAAAUGCCUGUGAAUGAGGUGAAGGUAUUGGUAUUAUUAAAUGCCUGUGAAUGAGGUGAAGGUAUUGGUAUUAUUAAAUGCCUGUGAAUGAGGUGAAGGUAUUGGUAUUAUUAAAUGCCUGUGAAUGAGGUGAAGGUAUUGGUAUUAUUAAAUGCCUGUGAAUGAGGUGAAGGUAUUGGUAUUAUUAAAUGCCUGUGAAUGAGGUGAAGGUAUUGGUAUUAUUAAAUGCCUGUGAAUGAGGUGAAGGUAUUGGUAUUAUUAAAUGCCUGUGAAUGAGGUGAAGGUAUUGGUAUUAUUAAAUGCCUGUGAAUGAGGUGAAGGUAUUGGUAUUAUUAAAUGCCUGUGAAUGAGGUGAAGGUAUUGGUAUAACGUUUCUAUGAAGUGAUGAACCAGCUUUGAUUUUCAAUGUAUUUGCUUGUUUUUUCCCUACAACCUCUCUUUCUUCAGUAAGUUGCUUUCUCUCUUUCUCUCUU